GCCACACCCUUUCCUCCAACCUCAAGAAAAUAAUAUCCUGGGCCUGGACACCAACAGAACCUCACCCUCGUUCAGACAUACUCCACUCUAUUACUGAGCUUCGCCGUCAAUGGCCACCCUUGUCAAGCACCUCAUCCUGUGCUCCAGCACUACCACAUCGUCCUCUGCUACUCCGUCCCCGUCGAACCGUCGCCCGCCGUCAUCGCCCGACGGUGCCGACAAGCGAGCCCACCUGACGCAGUCCUCCACGCGCCGGCUCGCAGUCGCCGCGUCAACGGCAAUGGUCGCAACGGCCGCACUUUCCGCCCGGCGACCCGCCGCGCCGCCCCCAGCCAUGGCGGCGGAGGCGGCCGCUGUGCGGCUACCGGUGCCCCCGGGAACAGUGCCGAGGUGGGGCACGAGGUCGUACGUCAGAGAGAGGUUCUUCGAGCCCGGGCUGACCACGGAGGAGGCCGCGGCGCGCAUCCGUCAAACGGCGGAGGGGAUGCGGACGCUUCGGCCAAUGCUGGAGACCAUGUCGUGGAAGUACGUACUGUUCUACGUGCGGCUCAAGUCCAAGUACCUCGACCUCGACCUCACCACCGCCAUGGCCGGUGUCCCCGAGCCGCGCCGCCCCGAGUACGUCCUCGUCGCUAACGAGCUCGUCGACAAUAUGACCGAGUUCGACCGGUUUGUGCGGACUCCCAAGGUGUACGAGUCGUACCUCUACUAUGAGAAGACCCUGAAGUCGCUGGAUGACGUGGCAGAGUUCCUUGGAUGACCUAGGAAUGUAUUCCCGUCUAUCCCUCCGUGAAGUGUUAAUAUUCACACUAUAAAUAUGAUGAUAUCAAUUGCUAUGUUGCUUCA